CCCAAGAGCGUCAGUUUAUGUGGGUUACAUCUAUCGAUAGCAUGGAUAAAGACAGCCAGGAUGUCCACCAGCUGCUGAACGAACUGAGGACCAAAUUUGUGGAGACGCACAAGAUGAUCAAAACCAUGCAAGGCAUCAACCUGAGUCCCGAACAGCAGCAACAGCAGCUUCAGCAUCUCCGGGAACAAGUGAAGACCAAGAACAAGCUGUUGCAGAAAUAUAAAAGCCUCUGUAUGUUCGAAAUCCCCAAGGAGUAAUGGGGUAUCCCUCUGCGAACAGGACGGUUCCGCUAAAGCAGUGUUUCUCAGCCUUGGCCACUUUGAGAUGGGUGGACUUCCACUCCCAGAAUUCCCCAGCCAA